AUGUCUUUCCUUCAUGGUGUUUUACAUAGCAUUAAGCCUAAAUUAGGCUUACAUAAUCAUCACAUUAAUGAAGCUGUAAGCCUUCUUGAAGCCAAUAAACACUCUGGCAAAGAAGGUUUUAACACUGCGAUUGACGCAGUGGUCCAGGGGGUGAGGCAGUAUAAUGAGGAGGUAAAAAAGUCUAAUGAAGCUGUGAAAAGUGUUAUUACUACAUUGCGUGAUAGUGUUGGACAUACUUUAACAGAUAAGUUGAAUGCCAUAAAUGAAAAUAAUGUUUCUCAGGACGCUGACCUUUCCAGUGCUGUGAAGUCGGCGGAGGCCUUGGUCAAGACGUAUGCUUCUAAAGGUACGGAUUUCAAAAAUGAUUUUCGUGAUAAAAUAUAUGACGAUUCCAGAGACGCUUCGAGUGGUAGACGCGCCGAAUACAGAAAUGGUCGCCGUGUUAACAGGCCUGUGAAGUAUGAAGACAAGGAGGAUUUUAAGGACCUGAAUGCUGAGUUAAGAUUAAAAAUAGAGAGGGCGAUCGAUAAUAUUGUUCAUGAAGGUAAGCGUCUUGGUGAGCUGUCUGCGAUGGGAAAAAGUGAGUUGGGGGAAAUGAUUCAAACGAUAGCUGGUAGCUUGAAUGGGCUUAACAAAUGCGUGAACGAUAAAAUUAGAAUCGAUGUUACUGCCCUUGUGAGCAAGGUGGUGAAAAGAGUUGAGGAGAUUCUGAAAUCGCUUAAGAGCAUUAGUGAGACGCUGUGGCAGUAUGUUAAUGAGUUGGGGAAGUGGAUUAAUGAUGCGGACGUGGAUGUAGGUAAAGCAAUGAAGGAGACGAAAAAAAUAGAAAGCAAAGAGCCUGAGUGGUUAAAACAGGAUGCUAUCAAGGAAGACGCAGAACAGUUUAGAAUUAAAGCUGAUUUCGUAUACAAAAAAUUUGAGGAGGCUAAAACGCAGGUUGGAGAGAAAGUUGGAGCAGCUAAAAAGACAGAAGUCCAAGCAUUGGAAACCUGGCAAAAAGCGGCGGACGCUGUGAUCGUGAAGGCGCAGGGGAAGUGUGCGGAGAUAUUGAAGAGGGUGGAUGAGAAGACGGAGAGUGGUCAAGAUGUUGGAAUUAAAAUGCAAGCAGAGAAAUUAAAAGAAAAGGCCACGGCCCUUUUGGAGGCUUACAGCACGGCGCAUACUCAAGUUAACGGUUUGACAAAGAAAGUUACUGACGCCGUUUCACAGUUGGAAACCGGCAUGAAAGCGGAUUUGGGGAGGCUGCAAACACAGAUUGUGAGCAAAAUGAAAGAGCAUGUUGGUGGGAUGCUUAAUGAUAUUAAGGGGCAAGUGGAGCAGAUUAAGGGGGAGAAAGAUAAAGAAACAGGAUUGGAGGGGAUAAAGGAGAAAGUGAAGAAAUAUGUUGAGGAAUUUGAGAAGAAUUUUGCGAAGGAAAGUGAUGCGGAUAACAGCAUUCUGGGAAAGUGGAUUGAUGAGAUAGCGAAGACGAAACCGGUCAAUGAUUACAUUACUACAUAUGCAGGUGGUAAGCUGGAUGACGUGAAAAACGCUAUAGUGAAAGAAAUUGCAAAUAUUGUAAAAAAAGUUGCUGAAAAACCCAAUGCCGUCCCGGGACAAAUUAAGGAAACUAUAGGAAACAUAAAGAAAUUUCUUGAAGGAGUUGCCAGGGAUAUCAAUGCGAAAUUGAAGAAUGAAGAUGAAUUCAGUACGCUGGCAUCUACCAUUAGAACUUCUGCCAAUGUUUCGUCGUUCUAUGACAAGGAACAUCUCAAGAACGCCGCCAAAUUCAUAUUCCAAUACGUCUCCACCGCCGCCAAAAACCUCGCCGCCGAAAUCGAGAAACUGCUCCUCCAGGACAAGAGUGGCCAAAACAUUGCGGCCAUCUUGGACAAGAUCACGGGGGAUGCUGGGAAGCUUCACAGUAGUCUCGAGGCGGCGACUACCACAGCGAUGAAUGGCAAAACUGAUGAUGAUCCUCCCUCCGAUAAAAAUACUCUCGACGACAAGGUCAAGAAUAUCAAGACGGAAGUCAACAAGGGAAUGAAGAAAGACGGUGAUGGUAAACUAGAUGUUUCUACGGACUUUGAAAAAAUCAUGACAGCUUAUGACGGAAAGAAAAACAAUCCAGCAGGUCCACAAGGCAAAUAUGCCGAAUUGACUGAAGCCAUACCCAAGGCCAUGGACGCUUUUAAAUCAUAUGGACUCAACAAUGCCGGUGACGUCGAUGGAAGAAAAAGUGAACUUGAUCCCCUUGUCUCCACAAUCACCGACGAGCUCCAGGCCAUCGCCCACUUCGUCGAUAAGGGGAAGGACGCGCCGAAACUGCCCGGCCCUAAAGAAAAUGGCAUCCAAGAUUGGUUAAAUGAGUUGAGAGACAAGGCUCUUGGUGAUGGUACCACAGAGUGGGGAGAUGCCUCUAAAAAAUCCAAAGGCCUCUUGAAGAUCAAGCAGGAAAUUACCGACGCGCUCGACGGGAUUCAGCAGCGAGUGAACGAAGAGUUUGACUUUGCUAACAAAGAUACAGAGAAUGGCAAAAUAUUCGGCACAUUAUCCGAGCAGAUCAAAACAAACCUAGAAACUGUCGUAUCGGCGUUCGCUGCCACCGGCCAGAAAAUCAACCAACAGCUGACGGAGCUCAAGAAGAGCAUCGGCAAGAAGCAGCACGGCGACACAGCCGAGGUUGAACCAAAAACGUUGCAGAAACUUCACGACAAUUUGCUCGCCGUUCUAACCGGUCCGGUGUCAAAUGUCAUCGGCUCGGUAACUGAGCUUCUCAAAUUCGCCAACGACGAAAAGCACAAAUCCAUCCGUAUUAUGAGUGAAUACGUCGACACACAGGUAAGAGAGACCAUCGAGAAACUCACCACCCAGGCCAACAGAAAUUACGUGACAUCAGUCAAAGAGAUGCUUAAUGCCUUUGCUAGCAGAGUUCAAAAGAUACUGCAGCCUCUGCCUGGACUCAUCGACACCGACCGCAGGGAGGGCUUCAAGGGUUUUAUAAGAACUAUGCAAGGUGUCAUUUCAAAUAACGACACUUCGAGUGUACAUAUUAAUUUGCUCAAGAAUCUUGCAGGUCAGAAAUCUGAUACAGCUGAGCAGAAAGCGGAACUCAUCAAAAAUAUGUCCAUCUCUUUCCUUAGCUUCAUUACUCACAUUUUGCAUUACGUUAGGGAACAAGAAAAGGGAGAGAAUGGACACGCCGGCGACGUAAAAUCCCUUUCAUUGCUCUCUCAUACAUUGUUCCAAGAUCUCUACGCUUCGAAACAUUUCGAUCCUAAAUUUUUCGAUAAUCUAGAUAGACUGAAAAAUAUGAUUAGUAAAUUUGCACCUAAAACGUUCGGCGAGGGCAAGAGCCCUAUGCUGCUAGAGACGCUGAGAGCUGGCUUCCCCGCUUUGGUAACAGAGUUGGGAAAGGCCUACUUAAACGUGUACGAGGAUUCUCCGCCAAUCACUCAGUGGCUUACUAAGGUCACUGACGCUGACAAGUCGAAGCCCACCGACGCUGUUUCCGAGCCCCCAAAAUACAAGCUGACGCCGGACGGUAUGAAUGGUGCUAAAAUCAUGCUCACCGUAACUCCCAUCGUAUGUGACGCGUUAAAAGAGCUAAAAGAUGGACUUGACAACGAGGAUGGUAAAUGGAAAAAUUACACAAUAUACAACAAAAAUGAAUCUCACCAUAGCCUUCACAGACUUUUCUUUAACGAUCACGGUUACGAUGUUGGCCUUCGCGGAAAUGCAGACAGCGGCGAACUGAAUCACAGACAUGACUUUAAUGGUAAUAAUAUUCUUAGUCAUCUUGAUAGCGACACAUAUAAUUUGUUUGUUACUUCUAAACAACCACUUAAUGCACCUGCUUCCCGUGCUCUACCCUCUGAUGAGCCGGCGGUGGAGGUUGUCAACGAAGAUGGUGUCAUCCCAAAACUAUAUAACUACCUUACAGAAUUCUUCCAGGUCGGCCACAUAGCCACUUCCUUCUCCAUGAAGGCACCAUGCUCCGUGUACGAGCAGUUAGUUUGGCUCACCGGGCUCCCGCACAAUCCUGUGUACGAAAAGUUGCCUAAACACGUCACAUCGCUGUUCGAAGUGCCAGAUAAGAAUGAUCCUUCUACUAAACACGUUGUGCCCAUUGAUGCCUCUCCUACAAACAUUAAUAGUGACGACAUAGUAACAGCUGUUAAAGAACUUUGUGAAACUUCAUACGCCGUGCUGACCACUGUCGUCGGCACCGGCGACGCUGAGUGCGGGUAUGCCUGUGAGUUCCCGAGCAAUUCGUUGGGUCUACAGUAUCCGUCUAAUCCAGCGCAGUGCUUUGAUACGCUCCUCGACGUGCUCCGUAGAUUGUUCCCGCCACUUAAAUUCCUGUUCGCUAAAUGCGGCACGCCGGCGUCGGAACAUGGUUGGUUGAAGUGCCAGUACGGCAGGGAUGUCAAGUCAACCAAAUCGCAAUGCAACGAGCAUACCAAACAGGGGACCAAAGAGCCAACCAAAUGCCUCCCCAAAUCGCCCCUUCAGUCGUACCUCAGUGACUGUUUAAUCGGGCAUCUUCCACAUAAUUUAACAUCUAUCGGCUGCCAAGCGAAAUGCACCACCUGCCCUGGCGGUAAACCAGGGAUGCCUUGUAUAACGCCAUUAGGUUUUAGAGGCUUCUCUGGUUCCACCAAAACAGGGGCGUACUUGUCCUCCGUCAUUGAGAAGUUCCUGCAAAUUGACAAUAUUAAUUGUUUGUUUGCGAUUGCACCCAAAGCUCCGAGGACACUACCGGAGCACUUCGACUUUGCAUUGUAUAUCGCUCAGAGUGUUAGCGCUGAAAAGGCCAUUGACAGCGGCACAGUAACAUUUUCAGACGCAUUCAUAUCAUCCAUCAAUGCGCAAUCCAUUUAUCAAUAUCCAGAUGCCCAUGACCUUACCAAAUCUGUGGUUAUGGCAUAUGGCUCUGACACUUACAAGCAUAGAGAUUGCAAAGAUUCCCAUCUCACGGGACUUACAUUUCCCGCCAGCUGUAAGACAAAAGAGCUGGGCACUAACUGCGCUCCUUACCUCUCAUCCCUGUGCACCUCUACAUAUCAUCACCUUGCAAUCAAGAAUUCCAACCUCUACCUGUCGUGGGCAAUAUACCUACCGUGGGAUUUCUGGAACUAUCUCAACAGUUUUUGCAAUGCGUUCAAGGAAAUACUCUGCAAGGAUUGGGGGUGUCGUGGCUGCUUGAGAGGCGACAAGUGUAAACCAGGAGAACACGGCGUUGUCGAUAAAGAGAAACAACAUGCCAUUUGUCAGUGUCAUUCCGUUGUCGAGUGUAAAGGAGUAUCAUCAACAUUCUACCAGUAUGGAUUCACCUUUGGUGACACAUUCAUGCUGAAUGGUAAAACAUCUCCCAGGAAGUGUUCCGAUUUCUGCAGUCAGCUGAAGAAAGUUCUCGACUCAGAAUAUUUCAGAAACCUCUUCGACAAGUGCGAUGAAUUCCUGUACAUUAUAAGAUCACCGUUCAUGAAUACGUUGUUAGCCCUCUGGUCGCUCUCGCUCCUCUACCUGCUGCACAUCGCCGUCGUCCGCCUCGACGUGCUGAGGAUACGCUCCCACCUGAGAUCGCCCUCAAGCCACCGCAUCGCCGCACAGUCGCUGCUCGCCGCCGCACGCGUCAAGGCACUCGCCAACGUCAAGUACUUCUCACCGUAA